AUGCAUCACCUACAGCUGACGACACCGCCACCACAACAGACCAUACAUUCGAAUGGCAAUUUCUUUGGCCAACAUCUUGAUCAAUUCACCUCGCAUCAUCAUCAUCACUCACACCAGCCACAGCAUCAGCCACAGCUCCAGCCACCACAACAACAACAAUACCAUCCAGCACUGUUCCACACGAUGAACAAUAGUAGUAACUCAACAUCGAGCCCAUCUCGAUACUUUGAACAGUCGGGUGGCGGCGGCGACGACAGCUACGAUGAUGACAGACUGAUCAAUGAGCAGGCCCAGCUGCUCCAGAAGUCCCUGGAAAUCCUGAGCGACAGCGAUGACAGUAUACCCUCGAUGAAGAGUCUCUACAUGAUGCUGCAGAAGCAACAACAACACAGUCCACACCACCAGCGAAAUCAACAGCCCAACUCACUAUUCAUCAAGACCAAUCACACGCUCGAUCAUCAUGUGGACCACCAUCCAUUUGGAAAGACGACAAACAACCUCAACAGCAACAACACCAGGGUGUUGAAUGGUGGCAUCUUUCCAAUUCCAACCUCCUCCUCAUCCUCAUCCUCCACAUUGUUUGGUGCAAUUGAUCAACCCAUGCCAUUUGCCCAACCACAACAACAGUCGAAGCAUAUGACAUCAACUAUCCCCACCUCCACCUCCUCCUCGACACCUUGGUCAACAGACUACUGGAAACCAACCAACACUCCAUUGCUCUCCUCUGCACAACAACCAAUGUCAUCAUACAAUCACAUGACAUUGGGCAACGAAUCGUAUCCGCUAUCCCAACAACAAAUUUACCGAUCAAAUCACCAUCAGUCACAGUCCCAGUCCCACUACCAACAACCGCAACCUCCCAUAAUAACUCGAACAAUGGACUACCAACCAUCGCUCGAAUCCAUGUUCCACGAUCAGCAACACCAGUAUGGUCUGAGCCGACCCGAGCCCACCACCACUACAAAGAGCAACCGCCCAUUCAAUCAAUCAGCCGCUCCAUUCUAUCCCUCAUCAGCUUCGUCCAAACACCUGAUAGCUGCCAAUGGCUCAAAGGACCGUGCAUCCUUGUCCAUCCCAUCCACCGCCUCCGAAUCGAUGCAAGCAUCCUGGAACCCGACCGAUCAAUUCCAGUCUCAACACCAUACCAGCAGGCCUGCACCACCACGCCAACACCAGGAUCAGUCCGAACAGAGACAACACCGAAGAAGAGACUCACACGACGACCAUUAUGUGCCCGACCAAGCCGACUACGAAGUUGAGUAUGUCAAUGGCACAAACAAGCAAGGUGGCUCCUCUGGCGACCAGAGACGCGAGAUUUCCGAGAGUCCCGAGUCGAGACAACAGUACAAGCAGUUCAUCAAGGAGUUCAAGAUCCGCGAGAAGGAGGGUCUGGAUGCAGCCAUGGCCUACGCCUCACACUCGCUGUCGUCGCUCUCAGAGAAGGUGCACUGGCGAGUAUACCUCGAGUUGGCCGACCUGGCCAACCGCCAGAACAACCUCAAGCUCGCCAGGAAGCUCUACCGUGUCAUCACCAAGACCAAGCCAUACGUAAGCCAGGGCUGGCUCGAGUACGCCAAGAUGGAGGAGGACUAUGGCCGUCUGGAACGCGCGCAACAGAUCCUACAGCUGGGCCUCAAGUACAGCCCAUUCAACGAGAGUCUGCUUAUCAAGGCCAUCCGCCACGAGGAGAAGAUGGGCAACAUCGAUGGCGCCCGUGCAAUGCUGUCACAUCUGCGUGACCAAUCCAUAUUCAAGACGUGGCGUGCAGUGCUGGAGGGCGGCUUGCUCGAGGCACGCGCCGGCAACGUUGAUGUGGCACGCAAGAUCUUCAAAUAUCUGAUGCAACACGUUCCCUGGUAUGGUCCCAUCUACCAGGAGGCCUACAAGUUGGAGGAGCGUUGCGAGGAGUAUGAACGCGCCAUUGCCAUUAUUGAGCGUGGCCUGCAAGAGGACCCCAAGUACGGACCAUUGUGGUUCAGCGCACUGCGCCUCUACGAGAAGACCAGCCACGGAUUCCUGCAGACUACGCGCAAUGUCGUAGAGCGUGCCCGCCAAGGCGUGUCUCGCGAAGUCACCUGGAAGAUCUAUUUUGAAGCCGCCCAGAUUGAGGAGCGUUCGCGAAACGCCAGCCUGAGUCGCGCCGCCUACGUCCGCUGCGUGGAGCAGUGUCCCGAGAAUCUGCAAUGGAAGGUGUGGUUAGGCGGCAGCCGCACUGAGCUCAACGCCGACAACAUCAAUGUGGCCCGCAAGCUGGUGCUUCGCUCGCUACUCGAGGUGCCUGCCAAGCUCAAGCCCCUCGUCCUCCUAGAGUACUCGCGCCUUGAGGAGUAUGCCGGCAAUCACAACAAGUCUCGUCGCAUCCUGAGGAAGGCCCAAGACGAAGCACGCAACGACUGGAAGGUGUUCCUCGAGGCCGUGCUUCUGGAGAUGCGCGCUGGCAACUACGAAGCUGCCAUCAAUGAGGCCAAGGACGCUCUCAAGAUACAUAGUGGUGCAGGCAGGAUAUGGGCGGCCAUGAUCCAGCUGAUGCAGCUCAAGGGUCGCGAGGCCCAACAACGAGUAUUCCGCAAGGCACUUCAGUUUGUGCCCAAGUCUGGCGAGGUCUGGUGCGAGGGUGCCAGGAUAGCUCUUGGCAACAACGACCUCGAGCAAGCACGCCAAUUCCUCGAGUUUGCCGUCCAAUUCACACCACAGUUUGGCGACUCCUUCGUUGAGCUGCUGCGUCUGGACAUCCUGGAGAAUGGUAUCAACUGUGAUAUCUCCAAACUUGAACAAAUGUGUAUAAAUGCCGAUCCAAACUAUGGACUGAUGUGGCUGCACUGCACUGGGUCCGUGCUGGACAGCCCGCGACAGGUGCUGCGCAAUGUAAAGAAGAUGCUGGUGGAGAUGUCGCCCGCCAGCCAGGAGGACUACGAACGAACAAAGGAUGCGCGAGGCGGAUGCUGUUGGAUUGGCUCCAACGGUGUUCUAUCACUCGAUCGCAUCUUUAGGAAUGAUUUCAACUCCAUGUCCAACGAGGACAAGAGGAAAUGUAUGUUUGGUUCCGAUCAAGUUAAGCCUUGA